ACCGGUUACGGCUCGGUUUGGGAUCUCGUAAAUCUCUGCAUGACUGGAUUCCGAUCAACUUUGACAUAACGAAAGAAGCAAGCUAGCGAACAAUGGUUUUCUCCAAGCUGAGGCGACCGGGAGGUAGACCCGACACUUACUCUGCCGGUGACAAUGAGGCCGCGGCAGAUAGAACCCUCUCCACGGCGCCGAUUCAAGAAGCAAAAGAGGAAGAACUAGUUGACACACCCAUCCCACUCCUCACAUGGCGCUCUUUUCUCAUGGGAGUCUUCGUGUCGAUGGGAGGUUUCCUCUUCGGGUACGACACGGGUCAGAUUUCCGGGUUCUUAGAGAUGCCGAACUUCCUUCAGCGAUACGGCCAACAGCGUUCCGAUGGCACGUACUACUUUACCAAUGCCCGCUCGGGCCUCAUUGUGGCGUUGCUGUCCGUUGGCACCCUGAUCGGCGCUCUCGUCGCAGCUCCCAUUGCAGAUCGCGUGGGUCGUAAAUGGUCCAUCAGCGGAUGGUCGGCCAUGGUAUGCGUGGGCAUCACGGUUCAGAUAUCCUCUCCGUCCGGGAAGUGGUAUCAAGUGGCCAUGGGUCGUUGGGUGGCAGGCCUCGGAGUCGGGGCAUUGUCAUUGCUCGUGCCGAUGUAUCAAGCCGAAACUGGACCAAGACACAUCCGUGGCUCACUGGUCAGCACCUACCAGCUGUUCAUCACGUUGGGCAUCUUCGUCGCCAAUUGCAUCAACUUCGGGACCGAAGCCAUGGACAGCACCGCCUCCUGGCGCAUUCCCAUGGGCAUCACCUACCUGUGGGCGAUCGUCCUGGGGGUUGGAAUUUCGCUCUUCCCCGAAACCGUCCGAUAUGACUAUCGGCACGGCAAGGUCGAGCGAGCAACCGACACCAUCGCCAAGAUGUACGGGAUUCCCCAUAAUCACCGUAGACUGAAGGAAGAGCUCGAUGAGAUCAAGCAGAAGUACGAGGAGGAAAUGGCGCGUGGGAAGGUGAGCUGGGUCCAGCUCUUCAGGGGGCCGCGCAUGAAGUACCGGGUUGCAGUCGGAGUGGCUCUCCAGGCACUGCAACAACUGACCGGGGCCAAUUACUUCUUCUACUAUGGGACAACCAUCUUCCAAGGCGCCGGGAUCAGCAACAGCUAUGUCACACAGAUGAUUCUCGGUGGUGUGAACUUCGGAACCACGUUCUUGGGUCUGUAUCUGAUCGAGAACUAUGGCCGUCGACGGUCGUUGAUCGCCGGUGCGCUGUGGAUGUUCGUGUGCUUCAUGAUCUUCGCCUCGGUGGGCCACUUCGAACUGGACCGGCAAGACCCGGAGAGCACGCACACCGCCGGGGUGGUCAUGGUCGUGUUCGCCUGUCUGUUCAUCCUGGGGUUCGCCUCCACGUGGGGCCCCAUGGUGUGGACGAUCAUCGCGGAGCUGUACCCGUCCGAGUACCGCGCGCGGGCCAUGUCGCUGGCCACCGCGUCCAACUGGCUCUGGAACUUCCUGCUGGCCUUCUUCACCCCCUUCAUCACGAGCGCGAUCGACUUCCGGUUCGGUUACGUCUUCGCCGGCUGUCUGUUCCUGGCCGCGGGCCUGGUGUACCUGA